UUUUCCUGCGUUGUCCAAAAAAAAAAAAAAAAAAAAAAUCAAGGGAAGGCUUUGGUAUUUCUGGCUUUGAUUGUUCUAGAUUGUGCGCCAAGAAACAAAACAGGAGAACACACUACAAAAAAUGGGUUGGGUUUGGAGAGACGACGACGACGAACCAUCUAACUACUCGAAUUCAUUUGAUACGGCGGAUUACUUAAACCCUAACUCAAACCCUAGCUCCGAUUCCGGCGAUCGCUGUUCGACGAGAAGAAUCGUGCAAUCCAAGUGCAAUACCGAUGAGGUCGAGCCUGGAAAAUUCAUCAGAAAGUGCGAGAAAACCGAGCAGAUUCUCAAGGAUUGCGUGGGAAAGCCUACUGAGAUUGUGCAAUCAAACAAAGAAUACACAGAAGAAGAUGUGACUGAUGAGAUGAAGAAAGGAUCAUCCUUGUCAUCCUCAGAUAUGAUGCGACCCUUUGAAUUCCCUGGACUCCGCAGUGAUAUUGAGGGCAUUGAGCGUAAUUUCUUUGGGGGUAUCAGCCGUUUCUUUGAAGCUGCCGAGGCAAUGACAAAUGAGUUCUCCCGUUUGAUGGAUGAUCAAUCCUUGUUUGGCGGAUCCUCUUCAUCAUCAUCAAGGAGACAGGAAAUACCAAUUGAAGGCCAUGUUUUGAAGGAACCAAAGACAAUUCCAAACAACUCAGACUCUGGGGAUGUUGAUCUUUCUGGACUUGCUAGAGAUGUCUGAUUUUAUCGAGUUUUUGUUCAUGCACCUUCUAAUUUUACAUGAAUAGUGAAUGGACAUGUAUGGUAUACUCUGUAGUAAAACAAUAUAAAAGUCGCAUACGUAUGAAAUGAAUCUCAGCUGGGUUUUUGUA